AUGCAUGAAUUCGAUAUUCUCGAUGGAAAAGAAAAAAAAAAUUUUUUUAAAAAGGCUUACUAUAAAUAUUUAAGAAUGGAACAAAUUUUAAUUCAGCUUUUCCAACAAUCACGCAAUCCUUUGGAAAAAUUCUUCCCAAUACAAACAUAUCAGCCAUUGAUUGAUGAUUACAAACAUAGAUUGCUGGCAAAAGAUCUAGCAGUCGCCCAAUUUAUCAAACCACGUUUACCGAUUAAUGAUAAAAUUAUUGCGAUCACUAUUUAUGCGUUUAUUGAUUACAAGCAAAAAUCUAAGUAUGUGUUUGGUCAGGAGGCCACGCGGAUUAUGCCCCAUGAAGGCCGAGGCACCUUAACCCCAAACAAUGUGGAUAUGUACCGAAAAAGGUGCCGAAAAUUGGAAUUGUUUAAUUUAUCGGUUUUACAACAAAUAACAGUUACAGAUACAACAGUUACAGAUACAGACAGAUACAGACAGAUACAGAGGACAGUUACAGAUACAGAGGCAAGUACAGUGGCAAGUACAGAGGCAAAUACAGAGGCAAGUACAGAGACAAAUACAGAGACAAAUACAGAGACAAAUACAGCAAAUACAGAGAAUGUUAUUGCGGACAUUAAUGUCAAAAACUUGGAUACCAAUUAUCAUCAACCAAUUUCCUCGGUAGAAACUUCUGUAAUCUCAACAACUCUUUCUCCAAUUAAUACUUCUCCUCGUUCUUCAAUCUUUCAAUCUUUCUCUCCUCGUACGUCUGUCCCUUCUUCUCCUAUUGGUCACCAAAGGAUGAGUAGUUCUGAAACAACUUAUUCUUCUUAUCGUGACUCUGGUUAUUUCAGAGAUACUUUGACAAGAGAACAUAUGAGUGCUCAGAGAACUAUUAAAGAAUUAGAAAAGAAAGUUGCCGAUCUUACUAGCGAAAUUGAACGUUCAAAAAGUGAACAUCAAGAAUCAAUCGAUUUAAAUAGAACUCAUGUUAGAAGAAUUAAACAGUUGGAAAAUGAAUUGUCGCAGGUUAAAAUUGUUAAUAAAACCAUGUUGGAAGAUAAUAAAAAACAUCAAUCUAUGUUGAAUGAUAAGGAUGCCGAGAAUGAAUUGGCAAAGAAUGCCGCUUUGAGUACUAAAAGCAGCGCCGAUUCUUCCGAUUCGGAUGUUGAAAUCAAUCAUUCGGGUGUCUCACUUGUCGGAGAACGUGUUCACAAAGAAUCUGAUCAUACUUUAAUCGAAGAACUUCAAAAUGAAAUCAAGUCCCUUAAGGAUGAUAACCAGUCAAUGAACCAAUAUAUUCAAAAAAUGUUAAAUCGUAUAAUGGAAGUGGAUGGAUUUGAAGAAACUUUGGCUACAAACUGGACUCCAGAAUCACAUCAAAAAAAGCUUUCAACAAAAGCUACCGAUCGAGUUUCAAAUCAAAAUCCAGUAUCACCAACAAGUCCAAAUACUUCUAACGAUUCUUUAAACAAACCUCUUCCUUCAAAACCACGUAAUAAUUCUUUCUCCUCCGAUUUUAAAUUUCCUUCAAAUUCUUCUGCUAACUCCUCAUCAUCACCUACCUCUACGACUUCUAAAUUUUCUCUUACUCCCCUUACUACUUCCAUUACUACUUCUUUAAUUAAUUCUCUCUCUUCCCCAGUUUCAAAAGAUGAGAUAAUAGAUGAUAAAGAUUCUACUACAAGGAAAUUGCGAGCUAGUGAUGAUGAUUCUACUAUUAGUCAACGUCCUUCUACCAAUGUUCCUAGACGUUCUCAAACUAUGAGCAAUAGUCCUAAUAAAAGAUUUAGCAUAUUGAAAUGGGGUUCCUACGCCUUUGGUACUAAUGCUGCUGCUUUGGCUGCUGCUAAAAAGGAGGAUCCAAGAAUGAAACCAAUUUUACUCGUUGAAAAAAAUCGUGAUUAA